AUGACAGUAUCACUCACAUCCAACUCUACCGUCCUGCUUAAGGACUGGGCUUACAGAGAAGCCAGCACCUCGGACUGGCAUUCUGGUCGCAAAGAUGCCAGUGUGUCACAAAUUCAGGCCGAGCUGCUUGCCAAUGGGGAAAUCCCAGACCCGUUCAUUGACCGUAAUGCCCGAGAGAUACAAUGGGUCGGAGAACGUGAUUGGGAAUACAAGACUACUUUUUCGGUUUCGACUUCUGGGGCCGACAAAAAGAGCCAUGUGCUUAUUUUUGAGGGUCUUGACACCUUUGCCACAGUUUAUUUGAAUGAACACGAAAUUUUGACCACAGACAACAUGUUCGUGGAAUACCGUGUUGACGUCACCAAGUCUGUCAAUCUUACAGGCACCAACACACUUCGAAUUUACUUCAAGUCCGGGCUACUAACUGCCAGGAAAUUGGAGAAAAAGCAUGGAAAAGGUGUUUGUUUCAAUGGAGAAACGUCGCGUACGCAAGCUCGUAAGGCGCAAUACGGAUGGGGCUGGGAUUGGGCUGAUGCCGUGAUGACCUGUGGCCCUUGGAGACCAAUCAAACUAGUGUCGUACGAUGCCUUAAUGACAGAUGUGCAUGUUAAGACUGAUUUAACUGAUCUGAAUGUUGCCAAAGUUAGUGUGAAAACUACUGUCGAGACUGCAGAUGAGGGCCAUGAUUUUAGACUGCGUGUGUCUGUUCAAGACCCUUCUGGAGACUCCUUGAAGACCCUGGAGGUGUCUGCUGGUGCCGGUGAGAGUGAUUUGGAUCUUGAGAUUGAUCAGCCUAAACUGUGGUAUCCGAUUGGAACGGGUGAACAACCUCUCUACACCUUCACGGCCGAGCUUCUGGCUGCUGACGAGACCAUUCUUCAGACUGAAACGAAAACAAUUGGGCUCAGAACAGUUGAACUGGUUCAAGAGCCAUUGGAGGGCCAGCCAGGGACUUCGUUCUUUUUCAAGGUGAAUGGAGUUCCGGUCUAUGCCACUGGUUCCAACUGGAUCCCUGGUCACUCAAUGCCAUGUCUUUUCUCCGAUGCGGAUUACAAGGAAUGGCUGCAGUUGAUUGUAUACGGUAACCAGAACCUGGUACGUGUUUGGGGAGGAGGAUUUUACGAGGAAGAAGUUUUCUACUCCGAGUGUGAUCGUCUUGGUCUCAUGGUGUGGCAAGACUUCAUGUUUGCGUGUGGAGCAUAUCCAGGUUAUCCCGAGUAUAUUGCCAGUGUUGAGGAAGAAACGAAAACCACGUUGCGUAGACUCCGCAACCAUUGUUCGCUUGUGUUGUAUGCUGGCAACAAUGAGGACUACCAGGUUGCUGAGUCCUUCAACCUGGAAUGGGAUCCAGAGGACUUGUCGGGUGAUUACUCCGCAACCUCCUUUCCAGCCAGAACCAUAUAUGAGGUCACACUCCCCAACCUGGUAGCCAAAUUCCAGCCGGAUGUGCCUUACCAUCCCGGCUCACCUUGGGGCGGAAAGGGAACAGCAGACCCUACCAUUGGAGAUAUGCACCAAUGGAAUGUCUGGCACGGUUCUCAGGAAAAGUACCAGAACUGGUACAAACUGGGGGGAAGAUUCGUGUCCGAGUUCGGAAUGGAGGCCCUUCCAAAUAUCAAGACCUACCAGGACUGUAUAACGGAUCCAACUGAGAUGUUCCCACAAUCACGCACUGUGGACCACCACAACAAGGCAGACGGUUUCGAGCGUCGUCUUGCUCUCUACGUGAUCGAGAAUAUCAAGGUUACUGGAAUGGACCUGGACUCGUGGAUCUACGCUACCCAGUUGAUGCAAGCAGAAUGUUUGUCAUAUGCCUAUAAAUGUUGGCGUCGUGAAUGGCGUGGAGAAGGAAAACGGUUUACUGGAGGAGCCAUUGUAUGGCAAAUCAACGACUGUAUGCCAAUUGCAUCGUGGUCAGUGGUGGAUUUCUACAAGAGGCCAAAGCUGGCAUUCUAUGCUGUCAGAAGAGAGUCUUCUACGUUCGGUCUGGGUCUGUAUCGUAACGAAAUCAAGAAGAUUGCAGAGGAAGCACUUCCAGUUUCCGCUGACGGCCCUCCUCACGAUUACACCAAUGCUGAGUACAAAGUGGAUAUUUGGGGAGUCAACUCAGGUCUUACAGACCAAUUAGCCACUCUUUUGGUGGAUGUCUACGAAGUGACUUCCGGCAAACUUAUCAAGUCUCUGGAGCCUAAAUUGGUCACUUUGUUGGCCAAUCAAACAUCGGAAUUUGUGACUGGACUCGACAUUCCAAACGAUGUUGAUGCUGUUGUGUAUGCGCAAGUUGUUGUGGACGGCAAACCAAUAGCCACCGGGGCCGACUGGCCUCAGCCAUUGAAGUAUCUCAAAUUCCCUAACCGUGACGUGAAAUUCACUGUUUCCGAUGGUCACGUCAGGCUCUCAUCUGAUAAGCCUGUCAAGGGCGUUGAGAUCAUUGUUAAGAACAGAGAUGUGUUCUUGCAUGACAACGGAUUUGAUAUCUUUCCUGGUAACGAUGUUGUCGUUAAGGGAGAAGUAAAAACCAGUGAUGAUAUUUCGAUCAGAUACUAUCAGAGUGUUUGA